ACAGCCACAAAAUCAGAAUUACGACUAAAACCCAAGCCCUCUAUUUCUACAAAUUAUAUUCUUAAAAUAUGAUUUUAAACCUAUCCUUAAUCACACUGCUAAUCUUAUGCCUAACCCUUACCUUAAAUUCAUGAUUCUUUGUUUGUUUUCAUACAUUUUUACGGUAGGCUUUACCCAAUUUUGACUGGUUGUGGAGGUGACAACCUAUGAAACCAUGCAGUCUCCCUCCCUGGGCAAUACUAUCGCGAGGGUUGAUUGGCUGCAGUAUUUGGAGCAAAGCUGCUGGACUUCUAAAAGGGACUGUGUGCUGAAAGAAACAGGUGGAGAUAUCCAAGCGGUAGCUGGAGCAAUUUACUGGUGUGCUGUUAUAUAGCUAAGCGGGAUAUUAAAAACGUGGUGUUGCUGUUAGCAGCAGGAGAUUAGGAGAUGGUGCUGAGGCUUCAAUCCGUUCUGGUCCUCUCCCUGUCGGGAGUGUUGGCUUUCCUAGGCCUGUGGUGGUACACCUCUCGGAAGAAAGAACAACCCACUGACAAGGAUAAGACGACCACAGACCAGGCGCACCUGUCCUCCUCCAUCAGAGACAGAGGUAUUGGUGUUGUGGAGAACGGCCACUCCACUGGAACAGAUCGGGACAGGCACGCAGUGAGGAAGAGGUCGUUAGUGGAACAGGAGCGUGUUGAUUGUACAAACACACAAGCGGCAGCAAAGCUGGCUAACAUCCCACUCUGCCAAUCACAACCGGAGGAAACUUUUGUGGCUGCAGAGUGUCUGAGUAGAGGCCUCGAUACUACUACUGUGAAGCCCGUUACGGAGAGAACUGAGUCUUCAGCUCAAGUACUCCCAGAGACUGCACCUAAGAGCCAAGCCCAGGGGGGACCUGAGAAGGAUAUAGCAUUACAAAAUAAACACCAGCCAUCCUCUGAUGAGGAACAAGUUUCUUGUAUCUUUGACCUAGGCUCUAAUCCUAACCUUGGUGAGAGUGCAGGCCUAACGCCACAUGCACCGCCGCUCUCUGAGACGCUGGAGGACACUACAAACAGAACUUUCAACAAAGAGGCUGCAGUGGAGGUUCGACUAGACCCAGGAGAGGUUAGACUGGACCCAGAGGGAGAGGUUGGAGAAGACAAGAUAACAUUUUGUUUUGCAGAGAUGAAGCCUCUAACCGAUCUGGCUGAGAACUGCCUCCUCUCCAAAGACAACCUAUCUAUCCUGCCUGCUGUGGAAGAACCAACCUGUGAGUCAAGUCUACAGGAUGUCACCUGUCUGGCUUCUCCCAUCAACCUCCUCACCAGUCAGGUGUCCCCCUCAAGGCAGCCAUUGGGCAUUCUGAUAUCACCUCAGAAGAAAGACCAGUCUGAGGAGUGUGAACUUAGCAGGAGUAACACAGAGGAAAUUAACCAGCUGGCGUCAAGUCUGAUUACUGACGUGGUCUCAGUAGCAGUGAGUCAAGUCCUGAAGGAAAGGACCCUACUAGAACAUAAUGUUGGGCCUCUCUGUAACAGGGACCCCUUCACAUCCCCAGAUAUCAUCUCAAUGGGUAACAGUGAGACUGGGAGAGAGAUGCCUGGUCUAUUGCAGGAGGAUCAGUGUUCAACAACUGGCAGGGAGAACAUAUGUUCAUCUCCUAUAGUCUAUGAGGAUGUGAAACAUGACUGCAGCAGUAGAACUGCGACUGAGCAAGCAGAGCUAGCAGAAGAUUCUGCAGUAGGUGAUUCUGGCUCCAGCUCAGGUCAUUCCAAGGAGAGCUCCAGUGGUGAGGACUCUAGCCCCAGUGUGAGCCUGCAACCACCCAGGGGACCCGCUGAAGGACUGGGGGCCACCAGCAUGGCCCUCCCUAAUGGUCACAGGACAGAGGUGGCUGUUCCAGGCUCUGGUGUGAACAGCAUGGACUCUGUAGACCGUUACGUUGAACACGAAGCCAGGGACAACCAGCAUAUCAACAGUCCAAGUCCGCUAAGUCAACUGCUGAACACCGAUCAGCAAAUUGAAAAAUACAUCCAGAGUUACAACAGCAGCCAGCCACCUACAGUUUGGGACAUAGAGGUGCCAAAGCAUCUUGUUGGGAGAUUGAUUGGGAAGCAGGGGCGAUAUGUGAGCUACCUGAAGGAGACAUCCGGAGCGAACAUCUUCAUCGCCACCCUGCCUUACACCCAGGAGUUCCAGAUCUGCCAUAUAGAGGGGUCAAAGGAGCAGGUGGAUUGUGCUCUGGAGCUGAUCAGUAAGAAGUUCAAAGAUCUGGAUGUGACCAGCUGUUAUGUCCAUCCUCCAGUGGCCAGACUGCCUUCUCUCCCCAUCACAUCCUGGCUGCUGCUUCCCCAUAGGGUGACAGUUGAGGUAACCGUGAUCCAAGUAGCCUCUGGGAACUAUGUGUUCCUCCAGCAGCACACACACCCAACCUUCCAUGCUCUCCGCAGCCUGGACCAACAGAUGAGCUUGUGUUAUUCUCACCCAGGGUGCCCUCCCCUGCCGGCCCCAGUGGAAGGUAGGCAUGCACAGCCAGGGUGCCCUCCCCUGCCGGCCCCAGUGGAAGGUAGGCAUGCACAGCCAGGGUGCCCUCCCCUGCCGGCCCCAGUGGAAGGUAGGCAUGCACAGCCAGGGUGCCCUCCCCUGCCGGCCCCAGUGGAAGGUAGGCAUGCACAGCCAGGGUGCCCUCCCCUGCCGGCCCCAGUGGAAGGUAGGCAUGCACAGCCAGGGUGCCCUCCCCUGCCGGCCCCAGUGGAAGGUAGUCAUGCACAGCCAGGGUGCCCUCCCCUGCCGGCCCCAGUGGAAGGUAGGCAUGCACAGCCAGGGUGCCCUCCCCUGCCGGCCCCAGUGGAAGGUAGGCAUGCACAGCCAGGGUGCCCUCCCCUGCCGGCCCCAGUGGAAGUGGGAGUGAUCUGUGCUGCCCAGAUGCCUGAGGGAGCCUGGUGGAGAGCGCAGGUGAUGGGUUACUAUGAAGAAACCAAGGAGGUGGAGCUCUGCUAUGUGGACUAUGGAGGCUAUGUCCUGGUGAAGAUUGACACCCUCCGCCAGAUCAGAUCAGACUUUGUUGCCUUGCCUUUCCAAGGAUCUGAGGCUAUCCUGGAACAUAUUGCACCCCUUCCAGGAGAAGAAGGGUUCUCUGUUGCAGCCAAAUCUGCACUGGAGGAAAUGACACAAGGAUUGCCACUACUUGCACAGGUCACAAGCUGUCACACCAGUGGCAUUCCCUUGGUACAGAUAUGGAAAACUGAAGGAGAAGAGUUGGUGUCUGUGAACCGUGCUCUGGUGGAUAACGGACUGUGUAGCUGGGUAGACUGCCUCUGACUGAAGACCAAUCCUGGCCCUGUUUGGAUAGUUUUCAAACGUAUCCUCCCUCCCUUUUUAAGUACAGAUCUAUAAGGAAUUGGAUAUGUGUGAGUAAGGUUACCAGCCCUAUUACCCUCACCAAUCUACCAAUUUAGAUCUGUGAUUACUUCAAGGAAAGUAGGAAGGAACAUUAGAUCUCUGAAGUAUUCAAACAUGGCCCCUGUCUUGCCUUUCAUCGUUCCAUCCCCUCAGUCCCAUCCUCUGGACUGUUGCCCUGUUGGGGCACAACAAUGUCUUCCUUCUCAACUCGACUGUUCAUGCUUGUUGUUUCUUUAUCACCAUGUACACUUUCUGAUGUAAUUAUUUGGUGAAGUUUUAUUUAUAGCCCCCACCCUUAUAUAAAUGUUUGUUAAUUAUGCUUACAUGAUUUUUGACCAAUAUUAUUCACAAUUCAUCUAAUUACUGUUUUGUUUUCAAUGGAUACAAUCCUAUUAAGAAACUAAAUAAAAAUGAACUGUCCUUUCUGAGGUGUCCACUUUGACCACA